GCUGCGCAGGCGCACUGCGAUCUCUGCGCCUCUGCAGCAUCAGUACCAGCCGAGAAAUCACCUUCAUUGGGAGCACGGCCAGAGCAGAGCAUCGCCCCCUUUCUGAACCCCGACCAGAGAUCCGGAGAGAAAGCCUGCGCCGCUAGCCUCCCUUGCCAGUGCCGCGACCAUGAAGGACCGAACUCAGGAGCUGAGAAGUGCUAAAGACAGCGAUGACGAUGAAGAGGUCGUCCACGUGGAUCGAGACCACUUCAUGGAUGAAUUCUUCGAACAGGUCGAGGAGAUCCGGGGUUGCAUCGAGAAGUUGUCUGAAGAUGUGGAGCAGGUUAAGAAGCAACACAGUGCCAUCUUGGCUGCCCCCAAUCCUGACGAGAAAACCAAACAAGAAUUGGAAGACUUGACCGCAGACAUCAAAAAGACUGCAAACAAAGUGCGCUCCAAAUUAAAAGCAAUCGAACAGAGUAUCGAGCAAGAAGAAGGGCUUAACAGAUCCUCAGCAGAUUUAAGGAUUCGAAAGACACAGCACUCAACGCUGUCACGCAAGUUUGUUGAGGUAAUGACCGAAUACAACACCACGCAGUCCAAGUACCGCGAUCGCUGCAAGGACAGAAUUCAGAGACAACUGGAGAUCACUGGCAGGACAACAACCAACGAGGAGCUUGAAGACAUGCUGGAAAGUGGAAAACUUGCGAUCUUCACCGAUGAUAUCAAAAUGGAUUCCCAGAUGACCAAACAAGCGCUGAAUGAGAUCGAGACCAGGCACAACGAGAUCAUCAAGCUGGAGAACAGCAUUCGAGAGUUGCACGACAUGUUUGUAGAUAUGGCCAUGCUGGUGGAGAGCCAGGGAGAAAUGAUCGACAGAAUUGAGUAUAACGUGGAGCACUCCGUAGACUAUGUGGAAAGGGCUGUGUCCGACACAAAGAAGGCUGUGAAGUACCAGAGCAAGGCUCGGAGGAAGAAGAUCAUGAUCAUUAUCUGCUGCGUAGUACUCGGGGUCGUCCUUGCAUCCAGCAUUGGAGGAACUCUGGGGUUUUAAAAAUACAAAAAUGUAGGAGUGAAAACAAAAAAAACGAAAAAACAAAACAAAAAAAAAAACAAAACACAUACAAAAAGCAUACAAGAAAGCAAGUGAGAGAAAUGAGCAAAAUGAAAGAAUGCAAGAAAGAAAGAGCAAAGGGGAAACAUCAGGGGAUUGCACGACAACAAAAUAUUGAUACAAAACAAAAUGUUCGUAUGUAAUACUAACAAUGUACAUGCAUUGAAGUUCAACAGCACAUAAUUCAGCUACCUGUAAUGAAAUCAUGUUUUUUGAAGGUGACAAUUAAAUCAGGGCAUCCAUUUUUGCCGAGUUUAAAGGUUGGGCUCGACGAGGUCCAGAAUUGGGGUGGACUGGGGAACGGUGGGUUGGAGGGGUGCCAUUUAAAGCCAAGUGGACAUUAAAAGAAAAAGAAAAGAUAAAAUUGUGAAUUGGAGCCUCCAGCAAAAGGAGGACUUCAUUCUCCAAAGAUCUCUGCGUUCAUUUUCUCAACUUGCUGAAAAAUGUUUCCGCCCGUAACGGCUAGUUGGCAUGUAUGCAAAGAAAACCCGUGAGCUUAAAUUCUGACCAAUGGAUUUUAUCCCACCCCGCACGUUGAAGAUUGUAAGAGGCAGAAGGAAAACACAAGUCCCUUCUUCAAUCCUCCGACUCCCUACCCAGAACUUUCCUGCACCCAACUGAAACUGUCUCUUCAGUUUAAUGGAAUCCCAACUCCUCAGAGAUCACCCCACGAGAUCUGUGAGAAACAGCACAACUGCAAUGAACCCGAACCGUAGGGUUCACAUCUAACGUUUGUGAACUGUCCAUAUGCUGCUUGGCAGUGUUAUCGACCAGCGUCAGCAGUACAGCAAAGAAGCACACUGUUAAGUCCCCACUCCCCACGGCCAGGCUCCCCUAAACCAUCCUUGAACAACAACGAAGCAAGAUACAAGAAAAGCUCUCCCCGUGAUCAACAAAAUCUUCUCUGGACCAAAUUCAUGACCAGAUACUUUUACAAGUUGGUGUUGGACCUCUCAUAUUUUUUUUUUCUUUUGUCACUUUUUUGCUUUUUAUUUCUGUGAAGCAGUUGAGGACAAGUUUGCCGUAGCUGUUUUGAAGAUGCUUCCAAAGUAUUGUCCGCCUAAAUUUUACCAAGAGGAGGAAAUACACUAUCACAAGUCCAAAACAAAUUGAGAUCAAUGUACAAGAUAUGCUGUCCUCAAACUCUGGAAAUGGUGACAGAGAAGACUUCUUUAGGUACCUGGAAAUGGAUUUUUGACUGAAUGUUAAUAUUUUGCUAAGGAUGGAAAGCCAACCAUGCCAGAACUCCCAAAGAUGGGAUCAUUCUGUUGUGUAAGAUUAAGACCAAACUAGGCUGAACCACCAAGACUGGUAGACCAUAAUUCCUGUUGAGUUCAUGGAGACUUGCCAGAAAGAAUUUUGUGUUGAACUCAGUCAAGACUUGAUUAGAGUAAAUUUUAAGAAGACAGACAAACUAGUUUUGGCCCCUCAAAGUGCAAAAAGACAAAGCAAAUUCUAAAACGAAGGUCCAAACCAGAACAGGCACCAAGGUUCAUGCUUAGUCAAGCCUUGAGCUGUCUUGGGCUUCACACAGUAGAAGAAGUUCAAACCAGGUUGGGCCUUGAUGAAUGAACUAAGAUUAAGCAGAAUGGGUUCAUUUUGAGUUGUCAGUUGGUUUUACCAAGCCAAACCAACAAGAUUCACCCAGGCGCGAUCAUAAAGAUAGUAUCAAGACUAAUCAAAAUGGAUUUGGCUUGAGAUGUCAGUUGGUUUUACCAAGCCAAACCAAGCUUCACACAUUAGAAGUUCAAACCAGGUUGGGCCUUGAUGAGUAAACCAAGAUUAAGUAGAAUGGAUUUGUCUUUUGAUGUCAGUUGGUGUAAACCAAGCCAAACCAAGAAGAUUCAACUAAGAGAGGUCCUAAAGAUAGUAUCAAGACUAAUCAAAACAGAUUUGUCUUGAGAUGUCAGUUGGUUUUACCAAGCCAAACCAAGCUUCACGCAUUAGAAGAGGUUCAAACCAGGUUGGGCCUUGAUGAGUAAACCAAGAUUAAGCAGAAUGGAUUUGUCUUGAGAUGUCAGUUGGUGUAACCAAGCCAAAAAAAGGUAGGAUCCCAAUGAUAGAAUCAGGACUAACCCAAAUGGAUUUUUCUUGAAGACCCAGCAGAAUGAAUCUUGCAUUUGAUUACACCUGACUCAAGGAAGACAAUUCAGCAAUGGCGCUCCUUUUUGAGCUACCAGGAAUUUUAACCACACAAGAAGGAUUAUCCAGAGUCCUAAUGGGGCCAGAAGUGAAAAAUAGUGACUGCUAAACAUUCUAACAUUCAAGCAGACCCAACAAGGAUUGAUUGCACUGCAACUGGCUACAUUGUUCUGCCUAGAACUAGACCCCUGUCGAUAACGAAACACCAAGCUGAUCUUACUGAGCAUGAUCUUCCUGAAGUCUGAUCUGACCAAAAUGUAAGAAUCAGGGCUCUAAAAAAAUAAUCUCAGCAACUGACCAGUCAAGUCAAAUCUGAUGAAAUGACUGGAUUCUGUUGAACUAUUGCACCAAACCAGUUAUCCAGGAAAAAAGAUUGACUUGAGUGGAGACUGAUCUGGACUUUAAGACUGACCACAUUACGAUGUAAAAAAGAAAUGACCAGUCUGGAUAUCCACUAAGUUCUCUGCAAGGUUUCCAUACCCAUGAACCCUAAAAAAACUGCCAUCAGGUUUAUUGCCAGUAGCCAAAUCUAAGUGGGAGAUCAAAGUUCACUGUACACCAUUCCUGAUGACCUGGUCCUACCCAGAAGUUUAGAAUGUUCUGAGAAGUUUUUUUCUUAAAUAUGAACAGACCUGAUCAGACCCUUCUGAACUCUCUUCAGACCUAAAUGUGUGAAGAAAAACUGACAGAUCCCGACUAUCACUAUCAGCAGAAUAGGCCCUAACAUCAAAAGUAAGAUUGACCAAGCUUACCAGUGGUGAGUCCUCUGAGGAUUCUUCUAGACCCAAGACCAUGACCAAGAAGAAACAGGAAAGAACAGUAAACUUACUGGAUCCUGAUCCACCUUGAAAACACUAGGAAGAUCACCUUAGACGUUUAGAGACAGGAACUAACAGACACAAGGAGACCUGGGUGACCUGCAAGAAUACGCUUGUGUAGAAUUUAAGGACAAGUUAUAGCAUAACCCCUCACGGUGUGGCCUCACCUGCUGGUUCCCAGUGAGUCAAACUUCUCACGUCUGCUUCUGGAAUAAAGAGUUAGUCUUCUGCUGAGCCUCGGUGAAGACGUCAGCAUCAAGAAGUGCAAUUGUACCAAAUGCUUACUCACUCUAUUGAACGCCAUUUAGCAUGUGUCAGACUCGACCUACCAAGCACACAGCAUUUUGUUUUCUUACUUUUUAUUUGUUUUAGCCUGGCGUGUACUGAAUACGAAAUAAUCACGAGAAACGAAUAGGGAGAAAAAACGAAAACAGCCGUUGAUUUAAUUGUCACAUCUCUCUCAAAAAAGCAAACAGGCAAGAAAAUAACUUCUCCUUUUCUUUGUUUAUUUGUAAUUAUUUACUAUUUAUUUUUUUAACAGUGCAAUUGUUUUAUUGUCAAUGG